AUGAAGCAAUCAGAGUUCCCUCCACUUGACCAAUCCUGGUCCUCCUUUGUAAGCCACACCCCUCGCUUGCGUUUGAACAAAUUUGACUUCUCUGACUUGUGGGAUGAAGAAGACCUGGAAUUGGACAGCACGGAGGAUGACGCAACUUUCGCUGUGUCUGGAACCAAUCGAAUUCCCAGAGAUCCUUCGGCCCCAGUAGCACCUCCACCUGCUCCACCUUUGGCUCCUCCUCCACCUCCCGCCCCUCCACUGGCUCGACCUCCUCGGAGUCGUACGUUGAAGCUGCACUGGAAGGAACUGCAGAGCCUGCCUCCGCUACCUAAAGUCAGCCGAUUUGGCCCACAGACGAUCUGGGCGGGCUUGGAACCGGUAGCGCUGGACACAAACAGACUAGAGUACCUGUUUGAGAGCAAAAGCAGCAACAGCACCCCGUGCAAGCGGGUGGGUGGACAUGCGCAGAAGAAGAAGCCCUGUGUAUCUGUGCUGGGUAUGAAGCGCAGUAACAUCAUCACUAUCGCUCUCAGCAGCCUGCCCCCUCCCCAUCUGCUUCCACCUGCAGUUUACAGCAUGGACUGCUGUGUGCUGGACAGAGAGGAUGUGCAGAAGCUUCAAGCCCUGGUGCCCACUGCUGAGGAACUAAAGCUGAUAAAGGAAGCCAAAGCUCAAGCCUCUGGUUCUUCACUGGCUACGGCUGAACAAUGCCUCCUCACGAUGGGAGACAUUCCUCACCUGAGCUCCAGGCUUCAACUCUGGGCCUUCGCGUUGGAUUACGACACCCUGGAGAGGGAAAUUGCAGAGCCCCUCUUUCAUUUGAAGCUAGCAAUGGAACAGUUAGCAGCCAAUCAGACUUUCAGAUGUAUCCUGGCGACGGUGCUGGCAAUAGGAAACUUUUUAAAUGGAUGCAAGGCUCGUGGUUUUGAGCUGAGUUACCUGGGGAAACUGUCCCAGGUGAGGGACACCCAUGUGCGCCAGCCUCUGCUUCAUCACGUAUGCGUACUGUUAAUGCAGCUUUACCCACAGUCCACGGACCUCCAUUCCGAAAUCACCGCCGUCACAAGAGCCAGCAAGUGCGAUUACUCACAGGUCCAGGCAAACCUCUCGCAGCUAGAGCACCUCUGCAAAGCAUCCUGGGAGCAGUUACGGUUGCUGGAGCAAGACAGCGAUAAGAAGCGAAAGGGGGCUGAUUGGAGCGAGGCCAGGGAUGGAGCUCUGUGGAAUAAACUCCCAAAAUUCUUGAAAGAGUGUGAGCAGAGGAUAAAAGUACUCAGAGCCGUCCAUCGCCGGGUCAUCAACAGAUUCCACUCCUUCCUAUUGUUCCUGGGUUAUUCUCGGUCUAUGGUGAGGGAGACUAGCGCAGAGGCCUUCUGUAAAACUGUCAGCGACUUCUCACUGGAGUACCGGGCCACCCGCCACGCCAUUCUACAGCAGAGAGAACGGGAGAAGGAAGAGUGUUUGCAGCAGAACAGACUGGAGGAGGUGUUAAGAACGCCUGAAUCAGGCUUUCGUCUGGAUUUCACCCUCCCACGCCAUCGCAGCAGGACACCAGACACCAGAGGAUACACUGGUGAGCUGAGGCUCACCAGUGUCCAAUAA